GCUUAACCAACUGAGCCACCCAGGCGCCCAGGGUGGUGACUCUUGAGCAUCCCUCUGGUUUUUCUGAUCCCAGCCAGUGAGGCUGUGCCAGGCAGGGCUACAGAGGCUGUUAUGGGCCUAAGAGGUCAGUGACAGCUCCCUGGGGAGGAUGGGGGGCUGGGUGACAGCACCGCGGGGCAGGGAGGCCAUCAGGCAGCGGCGUGGCAGCUGGACCAGUCUGUGGGCUUGGGAAAGAGACUGCUGUUCCCUUUCAGACUCCCCGAGGCAAAGCAGCUAUGACAUCUACAGGGUGUCCAGCAGCCAGAGCGUGGAGGACCGUGGGUACAGCCCCGACUCCAGGGUGGUCCGCUUCCCCAAGGGCACCACCAUCGGGCUGCGGCUGGCCGGCGGCAACGACGUGGGCAUCUUCGUGUCGGGGGUGCAGGAGGGCAGCCCGGCCGACGGGCAGGGCAUCCAGGAGGGAGAUCAGAUUCUGCAGGUGAAUGACGUGCCAUUCCGGAACCUGACGCGGGAGGAGGCCGUGCAGUUCCUGCUGGGGCUGCCACCGGGCGAGGACGUGGAGCUGGUAACACAGCGGAAGCAGGACAUCUUCCGGAAAAUGGUGCAGUCCCGUGUGGGCGACUCCUUCUACAUCCGCACGCACUUCGAGCUGGAGGCCAGUCCGCCAUCGGGCCUGGGCUUCACCCGCGGAGACGUCUUCCACGUGCUGGACACGCUGUGCCCCGGCCCUGGGCAGAGCCGCGCCCGCGGGGGCCACUGGCUGGCCGUGCGCAUGGGCCGCGACCUCCGGGAGCAGGAGCGGGGCAUCAUCCCCAACCAGAGCAGGGCGGAGCAGCUGGCCAGCCUGGAGGCGGCCCAGCGCGCCGUGGGGGCCGGGCCGGGUGCCUCGGCGGGCUCCAGCGCGCGGGCCGAGUUCUGGCGGCUGCGGGGCCUUCGGCGUGGGGCCAAGAAGACCACCCAUCAGAGCCGCGAGGACCUGUCCGCUCUGACCAGGCAGGGUCACUACCCGCCGUAUGAACGCGUGGUGCUUCGAGAGGCCAGCUUCAAGCGCCCGGUGGUGAUCCUGGGGCCCGUGGCAGACAUUGCGGUGCAGAAGUUGACUGCUGAGAUGCCUGACCAGUUCGAAAUCGCAGACAGUGUGUUGAGGACAGAUAGCCCCUCCAAGAUCAUCAAGCUGGACACCGUGCGCAUGAUCGCGGAGAAAAACAAGCACGCGCUCUUGGACGUGACGCCGUCAGCGGUCGAACGCCUCAACUACGUGCAGUACUACCCCAUCGUGGUCUUCUGCGCCCCCGAGAGCCGCCCGGCCCUCAAGGCCCUACGCCAGUGGCUGGCGCCCGCCUCCCGCCGCAGCACCCGCCGCCUCUACACGCAAGCCCAGAAGCUACGGAAGCACAGCGAACACCUCUUCACGGCCACCAUCCCCCUGCGUGGCACGAGUGACAGUUGGUACGAGGAGCUCAAGGCCAUCAUCCGCGAGCAGCAGACCCGGCCCAUCUGGACGGCCGAGGACCAGCUGGACAACUCCUCGGAGGACAACCUGGAGCUCCCUCACCGCGGCCUGGCCGACAGCUCUGCAGAUCUGAGCUGUGACAGCCGGGUCAACAGCGACUACGAGACAGAUGGCGAGGGCUACACAGACGGCGAGGGCGGGCCCCACACGGACGUGGACGAGGGUCCCCCGGCGCCAGCUCUGGCCCGGUCCUCGGAGCCCGUGCUCAUGGAUGAGCCCCAGAGCCCGCGGGAUCAUGGGAGAGCCUCCGGUCCCCGAGGGGCCCAGGUAGACAGCCACCCCCACCACGGUCAGCGGCGACAGGACAGCGUGCGGACCUACGGGCGGGAGGCCCUGAAGAAGAAGUUUACACGAGCUCGAGAUAUGGAGUCCUCUGACGAGGACGGCUAUGACUGGGGUCCGGCUACUGACCUGUGACCCCUCCCAGGUGGCCAGCUGACCCAUAUUCCUUUCUCCCCACUGGCGCUGGGACUCGAUUUCCCAUUCAGAACCUAGAACCCCACUUCCUUCUGCCAGUCUUUAAUAAAUAGAGUAUUUUCACAACA